AUGUCUCCAAAGAAGGUGCCGUUUCCUCGCAAGACGGCAAAGAAGGAGAAACCUGAGAUGCCAUCGAUUUUUCAGCCAAGUGAACAACAGAUCAUAUUUAUUGAAACAUUAUGCAGUAGAAAGGAUGAAGAACAAAUUAUCAUCACUAAAUUGAGAUACAACAUUAAAGUAAAAGAUAUAAAGACUCUAUACGGCAAUGCAUGGCUCAACGAUGAAAUCAUCAACUUAUAUAUGCAACUGAUCAGCGAACGCUCCAGAAGCCAAGACCAACAAUUACCGAGCGUCUACUCAUUUAGCACUUUUUUCCCAGAUCGUUUACUGAAUUCUGGCUAUAACAGUGUUAGACGCUAUACUAAGGGAACCAACUUAUUGGGGUAUGACAUCAUUUUAGUACCGAAAAAUGAUGGUAAUAACCAUUGGUGGGUGGCAAUUAUUAAUUUAAGAGAAAAAACUAUAAAAUCUUAUGACUCGAUUGACAAUGGAAACGAUGAGCUGCUCCAUGCCCUCGCCAAUUACCUCGAUCAAGAGUCAAAGGACAAGUUCAAGGUGCCGUACGACACAUCGCAAUUUGUGAUCGAAAAUGUAAAGGAUAUGCCAAAGCAAGGCAACUAUUAUGACUGCGGUGUUUUUACCUGCAUGGCGGCGGAAUAUGUGACACGCUGCCAGCCUUUGACCUUCCAGCAAAAGGACAUGCCGAAUUUGCGUUAUAAAAUGAUUCUAGAGAUCGCCAAUGGAAAACUUUUGCAGGAAACAGAAUAAAAAUGUGUGCC